GCCAGUUUUCCGCAAGGUGGCGACUACGGCGGGCGCAGACUAAAAAGACAGACUUUUUUCUAUAUAAUAUACGGCAGGAAUCAGUGCAAAAACCGAUCCAACGCAAUGGCUGCUAGAUUCAUACAGAAAAUUGUCAACGCGACUCCCGCCGCCAGCCGGUCCUACUCCUCCGGCACCAAGAAAGUCACCCUCAUCCCUGGCGAUGGCAUCGGACCUGAGAUCUCUGCGGCCGUGCAGAAAAUCUUCACCGCCGCCAAUGUCCCCAUCGAGUGGGAGGCCGUGGACGUGACCCCCGUCCGGGGACCCGACGGAAAGUUCGGCAUCCCACAGGCCGCCAUUGACUCGGUGAACACGAACAAGAUCGGCCUGAAGGGUCCUCUGAUGACGCCCGUCGGCAAGGGCCAUCGGUCUCUGAAUCUGGCCCUGCGCAAGGAGUUCAAUCUGUACGCCAACGUGCGUCCCUGCCGCAGUCUCGAGGGCUACAAGACGCUGUACGACGAUGUGGACGUGGUCACCAUCCGUGAGAACACCGAGGGCGAGUACUCCGGCAUCGAGCACGAGAUCGUCGACGGCGUCGUUCAGAGCAUCAAGCUGAUCACCGAGGAAGCCUCCAAGCGUGUGGCCGAGUACGCCUUCCAGUACGCCAAGAACAACAACCGCAAGAAGGUCACCGUGGUGCACAAGGCGAACAUUAUGCGCAUGUCCGAUGGUCUCUUCCUGCGCUGCGUCCGCGACAUGGCCCAGAAGUUCCCAGAAAUCCAGUUCGAAGAGAAGUAUCUGGAUACGGUGUGCCUGAACAUGGUCCAGAACCCCGGAAAAUACGACGUGCUGGUCAUGCCCAAUCUGUACGGUGAUAUUCUGUCUGACAUGUGCGCCGGUUUGGUGGGCGGCCUCGGCCUGACGCCCUCCGGCAACAUGGGCCUGAACGGUGCCCUGUUCGAGUCUGUGCACGGAACCGCCCCCGAUAUUGCCGGCAAGGACCUGGCCAAUCCCACUGCCCUGUUGCUGUCGGCGGUCAUGAUGCUGCGCCACAUGGAGCUCAACACGUACGCCGAUAAAAUCGAGCGUGCCGCCUUCGAGACCAUCAAGGAGGGCAAAUACCUCACCGGCGAUCUGGGCGGCCGUGCCAAGUGCUCCGAGUUCACGAACGAGAUCUGUGCCAAGCUGUAGACGACGGAUCACGGACCAUCCGCAUAAGCUGUAGCAAGUAUCGCCAACCAUAACAACAACCGAUGAGAACAGAGCAGAGAAUUACGCCAGGAAUAUUGCGCAGAGAAGGAGGAUGAUGCAGUAUGAACAACAGCAAUUAAACACUCGCCCCAAACCAAAAAAAAAAAAAAAAUGUAGCAGCAGCAGCAGCAACAGCAACAACAGCACUCACUAAACUUUGCCGAAAGUUUCCUACGUUUCCUACCUUUUUACAAAUUGUGCCAGCAGCACCGCUCGCCCCGAAAACAACAACAAAAUUUCUAUAUAGCUAACACUACCUAAAGUAUUUUUAUGUUCGAAUACCUAGGUAUAUUAUUUAAUUUGCUUAGGCCAAACUUGCAAGCGUUAAAAUUCGUUAAAUUGCCAAUUUUACUUGCGAUAGUAAAGUAUUUUUGUCGCCAUCCAGCCAACACCUUGAGUUAUUAUUGUUUAUAUAAUUCGUAUGCAAAAUGAUAAUCUUAUUUAAUUUAUUGAUUAUUAAUUCUCUAAUUUGUUUAGCCCCUUGAGUUGAGUUCAGUUGAGUUAAGUGAGCUCCUUGUGCUGUGCAGCGUGCAGCCGAUACUCUUAAAAAAGAAUAGAAAGCAAUUUUUUGUCAAAUUCGAGGCAAAACGUGUGAACGUGAAGCCAGGACUAGUGGAAAGUUGAGUGCAAACGGUUACAAUAAUUUAAUUCUAAACAGAACGCAAGUAAAACUUAUUCAAACCAAGAGAGAAAUACACAAUACAAAUGCUAUGAAAUGAAGGCAAUUGUUAUUAAUAGUUAAGCGAAUUGUAAUGCAAAGUCAUCAUGCAAUUGUUAAAACUCAAUAAAGGAAACAACC